AACACAAACAACUCUUUAUUACCACCACGCCCACCACCACCGCAAAAAUGGGCGCCUUACUCUCCCUCCCCCUCCUCGCAGUCCCCUCAAUGGGCACCCUCCUAACCUUCGCCGCCUCCUGCUGCGGCGCAGCAACCUGCGGCGCCGUCUGCUCCGCCUGCGGCAAAUGCAACAACAGCAUCGCCACGCGCAUCGCCUACGCCUUCAUCCUCCUGAUCAACUCCCUCCUCUCCUGGGUCCUCCUGACGCCGUGGGCCGUAAAAAAGCUCCAAAAAAUCCUCCUCGACUACGUCACAAUCUCGUGCGGCGGAAACGAAUGCACAGGGUUCGCCGCCGUGCAUCGCGUCAACUUCGCACUAGGAUUGUUUCACUUCGUGCUGGCUUUCUUGUUGCUUGGAGUGGAGAGUUCGCGGGAUAAGAGGGCGGCGGUGCAGAAUGGGUUUUGGGGACCGAAGGUUUUGGUGUGGGUGGGGUUGAUUGUGGGGAGUUUUCUGAUUCCGAAUUCUUUUUUUGAGGUUUGGGGGAAUUAUGUGGCGUUUGGAGGGGCGGUGCUGUUUUUGUUGUUGGGGUUGGUGUUGUUGGUGGAUUUGGCGCAUAGCUUUGCGGAGUUUUGUAUUGAGAGGAUUGAGGAGACGGGGUCCGCGGUGUGGAGGGGGGUGUUGAUUGGGGCGACGUUGGGGAUGUAUCUUGGGGCGAUUGCGAUGACGGGGGUGCAGUAUGCUUUUUUUGCGAGUGGUGGGUGUAGUAUGAAUCAGGCGGCGAUUACGGCCGCAAUCGUCUGCAUCUAUUGCACCUACCUCACCAUGAGCGCCGUCGCCAUGGAGCCAGAUGACAAGCACUGCAACCCCCUCGUCCGCGCGACCGGUACCAGAACCGCUAGCAUCAUCCUUGGUGCAGUCGUGACUUUCAUCACUUGCGCCUACACCACCACAAGAGCUGCGACUCUCGGCCUAGCGAUGGGCAGUGGAAAUAAAGGCUACGUCUCGCUCGACCACGAGGCAGACACCCACGACUUGGUCGACACUCAACCCGAGUCUCGCCGCGCCAUGCGACAAGAAGCUCUUAGGAGAGCAGUCGAGUCCGGUGCGCUGCCCGCCUCCGCACUCGACGAGAGCGAUGACGAGGAUGACGAUGACGCGAAAAAGAACAAGAACGACGACGAGAAGCAGAGGACACAAUACAACUAUUCCGUCUUCCACGUCAUCUUCAUGCUCGCAACAGCUUGGGUGGCAACGCUUUUGACCCAGAAUAUCGGCGUCGACAAGGACAUCAAUGGAGAGUACGACCGAUUCGUGCCUGUAGGCCGCUCGUACUGGGCGAGCUGGGUCAAGAUCGUCUCGGCUUGGGUAUGCUAUGGCAUCUUUGGCUGGACUUUGGCUGCGCCGGUCAUUUUGCCGGAUAGGUUUGAUUACUCGUAGACGGCCGCGGACGAUUGUUUUUGGAGCUUCAUUGUUUGUAAGAUCGAAAUGCAUCAUGUGUCAC